CCUCCCACCUUUGCGCAGGGGGGCACACAUUCUCUCUGCCCCGCUCCCUCCCAGACACGUACCACCCCUGCCUCCAAUUCACCCAAAAACAGCACCUCAGACAGCGGGGGAAUAUUGGCCUGCUUAUGUCUGGUUUCAGGGGAACUCCAAUCUUCAGUCCAAUGAGAGAAUAUCACCCAUUGACUGGCUGGAUGUCGGAAUAGCAGCCGUGCAGAAGCUGGGAGCCUUGAGGCGGAUUCUAUGAGUAAAAACAUUGAGGACAAGAGUUCCAUAUCUCCCACCUGGAUCCCUUGGAUCUUCAGCAAGGAUUGUCUCUGCAGUUGAGGGUCAUUUCAGAAUCAGCUGUUCCAGCCUGCUCUGAUGGAGUCUCAACGCAAUUUGGAGCUACAAAUGUUCUCCAACAGCAGCAGCAGUAUGGACACGGGCUCAGAGAAGGUCAUGCUGGAGGACAGUAUGUCAACGGAACAAGAGGAGUUUCUACCACAUGAGUCCGCGGUGAAGAAGAAGGUCCAGUUUACAGAUUUUGAAGGGAAGACGUCCUUUGGAAUGUCCGUCUUCAACCUCAGCAAUGCCAUCAUGGGGAGCGGUAUUCUGGGGCUGGCAUACGCCAUGUCAAACACUGGGAUCAUCCUCUUCCUGGUCCUGCUGACGUGCAUCGCCAUUCUGUCGGCCUACUCCGUUCACCUUCUUCUGAAAUGUGCAGGAGUUGUAGGAAUUCGAGCCUACGAGCAGCUUGGGAAGAGGGCAUUUGGGCACGGGGGGAAAAUACUGGCAGCUGUGGUCAUUACAAUGCACAACAUCGGAGCGAUGUCCAGCUACCUCUUCAUCGUGAAAUACGAGCUGCCACUGGUCAUGCAGGCUUUCAUGGGCCUACAGUCUGACAAUGGGGAGUGGUUUCUGAAUGGGAAUAAUCUGAUCAUCAUAGUCAGCAUCAUCGUAAUACUGCCUCUGGCCCUCAUGAGGCAACUGGGGUACCUUGGCUACACCAGUGGGUUCUCUCUCACCUGCAUGGUGUUCUUCCUCAUAUCGGUAAUAUAUAAGAAGUUUAACAUCCCCUGUCCGAUGGAAACCCAUGGGAAUCACUCCAUCAACAGCAGUGUGGUGGAGGAGUGCACGGGGAAAUUCUUCACCAUCAACCAGCAGACGGCCUACACCAUCCCUAUCCUGGCAUUCGCCUUCGUGUGCCACCCUGAGGUGCUGCCAAUCUACACCGAGCUACGCAACGCCACCAAGAAGCGCAUGCAGGCAAUCGCCAACAUCUCCAUCCUCGGGAUGUUCGUGAUGUACCUCCUCACCGCCAUCUUUGGCUAUCUCACCUUCUACUCUCGCGCAGAGGCGGAGCUCUUGCACACGUACAGUAAGGUGGACCCUCUGGAUAAACUGGUGCUGUGCGUGCGUGUGGCAGUGCUGGUGGCCGUAACCCUCACUGUCCCUGUGGUCCUCUUCCCGAUACGCAGAGCUCUGCUUCAGCUCCUGUUUCCUGAGAAGCCCUUCCACUGGGCGCGGCACAUUGGCAUUGCCGUCUCGCUCCUCUUCGUGGUCAACCUCCUCGUCAUCUUCGUGCCCAACAUCCGAGACAUCUUCGGCAUCAUCGGAGCCACGACCGCCCCGAGCCUGAUCUUCAUUCUGCCAUCGCUCUUUUACCUGCGCAUCGUCCCUGUGGACCAGGAGCCUCUCAACUCCAGGCCCAAGAUCCAGGCUUCUUGUUUCAUGGCUCUGGGGUUCGUGUUCAUGGUCAUGAGCAUGUCCUUCAUUGUGAUGGACUGGGUGUACGGGGAGAACAGGAGUGGGGGUGGGCACUAGGAUGCCGAACAGGGACGGCAAACCCUCGCUCCCCCUCCACAUCCCGCCCCCUUGUGGCCUGCCGUAAGGUGCCCCCUUGAAAGGCUGGUCCGCACCCUUCCCAAUCUUAAGAUGAUGUCACAGUCUCCUGAGGAGACCUGGUGGACUGUUCGAUGAGUACAGUGAAGCCCCCCCCCCCCCCCCACCUCCAGCAAGAGACUCAAACCCGGGUCUCUUUGCUUGUGUGGACGCGCCUCAGAUGGGUGUGGCUUCCCUACAAGGCCGCAAUCCCAUUGGCUGCAGAGGCUCCACUACCCUGGCCCCCAGCUCCAUCAGCUCAUUAUGAUGUAAAAUGAGAGAAAGUAUACUUUUGAAUUUCACAAAGGGAGAGAAUCCCCCAGACCUGCCUGCCCCCUCGCCCCUCUCCUUCCAGAAUGUUCCAGCGUAGCCCUGUGUGGCUACGCUGACCAGUUGUUUGUUCCCCAAUCAGACGUUAAAGUUUAACCCCAGACCUGAAGCCAAGGUACAACCUGAGCCAAUUUCGGCAUCCAUUUUAGAGAAGCACAUGUCAAAGAGGAACAGAGGAAUCCAGUGCAGAAAAAGAAGAAAGUAUGAAUUUAUUUGUUAAAUGUUAUUUAUAUUUUAUCUUGCAGCUUCGCAAUGAUCUUGAAAAAGUGCCUUUCAGAUGUAUUUAUUGUUUUUUGCUGUUAGCUGUCACCAUGCAGCCAGAAGGAAAUGGUUCAUGGGGUUUAGAGUCAGUCACACCACUUGAAUAAAGAUGUAUAAACAAUAGAAUGCUGAACAUGAUAUCCAGGGUUGUGUUUAUUUAGCUUUUUACAGCCUCAGUUGGAUGGGUUAUUGUGCUCUUAUUGCAGUCAAUAGGAAUAUGAAUAUGGUUAUGAAUAUAGACAUUUAAAACAGGUUGCUGCAAUGUCCCAUGAAACCUGCAUGGUUUAAGGUGCCUGUGUGAUCCACUCUGCCUUUCUCUGGCCUCAUAUCACUGAGGCAGUGCCCCCAGUGGGCGGAGGACUGAAUAGCAGUUCUCACUUCUCCACCGUAAUUACCCAUACCACCAGCAGGGGGGGGGGGGGUCAGCGGUUCUGCCAUUUCCUUGUCGGUCUGUCAGUUUUGUCUCUGUCUAUGGUGUUAGGCUGGGCUGAGGUUGCUAAGUGUCUGAGCCAUUGGUGACAGAAGGUCAUAAGAGCAAUGAUGGCUUCAGGUCUAAAUUAAUCCACUGCUAUUCAGAGACAGGAAGUCGAGAGGUGGUACUGACGUGUAAGUGGAAUGAGAGAGCACGGCUGUGGUGGCCGCUGCGUGAGUUCUGGAUUUAAUCACACCAGGACUGAGGAACACGACAAUACUGUUGUUCUUCACGUAUGUUUUUUUUUUUUUUUUUCAUUUUCCAUUUAACAACUAUAUUUUUAUGUGAUGGUUCAAUGCUGUUUCUAAUAAAGGCAAAAGGUGUCAAUUUC